CACGUUAAGGAAGAGCCCAGAUCAUGUCAUACUUGUGGAAGAGCAUUUAUAAGAAGAGACUGUUUGUACCGUCACAUGAGGUCUAAACACAGGGACCAGCUUGAAGAAAUCAUAUCGAAGGCUGAAAAGAAAAAGUUGAAAAUUGGUUUUGCUGAAAAGUAUGCAGGAAGAAGAAGUGGCUGUUGCCAAUGAAAUUAAAGAAGAUGUAAAUGAUGAGGAGUUUGUUGAUAAUCCUGAUCAGGCUGAAAUACCUGUAGAAAUUAAAUGUGGUUUUCUAACGGAGGAGGCUUUGUGUAAAAAUAUUAGGCUGUUAUUAAAUCUGCUUAUUGAUGAAGAGACUUUAACAGAAUUCGGGUGGCCUGAUGCUGAUGUGGCAAAUAUUCUUGAAAGCGUAAUUGCCCGAUGCGGCCACGAACCAGCCCGAGUCGAAGACUACCCAGAGCUGGUGCAGAGAAUACGAGAAAACGCCAAACUAUUAUUCACAUCCGUCAUCGAUGACGCAACCAUAACCACACUGUUGAACAAUCGUACAGUUGACGAAGUCAUUCUGCACGUUCUUAAAUUAUCCAACAUUCCACAUGAUGGCUUUGAGAACGACGUACAAGAAGACCAGGAACAACCAGCAGAAGAGGAACCAGAAGAGACACUGGAAGAUAUUCCACCAGAACCGCAGCCUCAGCCUAAGAGAGUUAGAAAGGUGCUUAAGGUUAAGAGAACUAGGUGUUCCCCAAGGCGGUAUUCGAAGCGCUUUAAAAUUAAUGCUGAGGCUGAGGAGGAGGAAGUUCAAGAUGAAGAAAUAGAUGAUGUUGUGGUUGAAGAAAUUGAAGCUGAAGAAAUAGAUGAUGUUGUGGUUGAAGAAAUUGAAGAAGCCGAGGCUGAAGAAAUGGAUGAUGCUGAGGUUGUAAACCUUGUAGAGGAUGUUAAGGAUGAAGUUGAGGAUGGGGAGCAACUAGAUUUUGAGGAAUGUAUUGAGGAUAUACAGAGGCAUGUUGAUGCAGAAUGGUUUACAAGUUACAUGGCAUAUACUAGAAAAAUGCACUUGGACAUAAAUUCGUGUUUUGAAAGUGAUUUUAAAAUAUACCGAGCUGCUUUAGGGUGUUAUGAUAUUAGAGAGGCUUCAAGAUUAUUAAAUUUUGAACAAAUUUCUCAUAUACAUCAACCGGUAUUGCAACCGGUUCAGCCCAAACCACAACCGGAAAAACCGACAACCACAACCGUGGUUGUGACCCAGACUGAGCAGAAGAAACCGGAACCGGUUGUGGAAAUUCAGGCGGCGCAGUCGAAGAUUGAUACUAAGGAGGAUGAGAAAAAGGAUAUUGUGAGCAACCAAAACGCCAUAAAUCAAAAACCACCAACAACUGCUCGACCACCAGAGCAACAGCAACAGCAACAAUCAUCAUCAAACCAAGUUCAACCAAAUCAGCCACUGGGCAAUUUAAUUUUGAUUCAACAACCCCAGCAGCAGCAGCUGGUUGAUUCUGGUUAUCAAUUGGUUGACUUGGUUGAUCAGCAACAACAGCAACAACCUGGUGUUAUGGUUCCUAGACCAGUUGACCUGUCUACACAAUUGGAUUUUUUGGCUAGCCAAGACUUGAUGUCAAGCCAAUCAGUGGUCCAACACUACAUUUCUUCAGCAGACCCUGCCAUUGGAGUCCCGAAGACUCUAACAGUCCAAGAUAAUGGAAAAAAUUUGGAAACUUUUGAUUUUAGACAACUCAACAACGACAACAGGAAUUCCAACAAUAAUAAUAAUGUACAAAUGGUGCCUUCAAUAAAUACAUUUAUGAAGAUGUCUCAAGAAACAUCCAGUGCUCCCGAUGACAACAGGUGUGACAAGUGUGAAAAAGUAUUUGUUUCUGCAAGAGGUGUAAAAAGACACAUAAGGUUCUGUACAGGCAAACCUUUAUCAAUCGAGACUCGCUUAAAAUCUUCAAACACAAUUGUAGCCCCCAUUGCUGGUGGCACUGAAGGGAUUACCGAAUAUGAUUUGCUUUGUGUUGAAGAAGAUGACGAAAAUGAUGAUCCAAUUACGGAUGAACCUUGCUUUUGCUGUGGAGACUUGCCUAAAAAACAACACAAAAAUGGUCCCCAUGAGUGCUUCAUGUGUCCCAAAACCUUCACAACAAAUUCAAGUCUUGAAAAGCACAUUGCAAAUCUGCAUGCUGUCAUUCCAACUUAUGGGUGUCCUGAGUGCUCUUGCACCUGCAAAGAUCAGUCGACUCUGAAUAGACAUAGAGCCAUGGAUCAUGGUGUAGGAAAAGGGGCUCUGUUUGUUUGUCCGCAGUGUGAAAAGACUUUCACUAGGAAGUAUCACUUGGAUAGGCAUUUGCAGCAGACUGGGUGUAAUGGAACACCUAGGUUAAGUCUUCCAUGUGAGGUUUGUGGUCGUGAGUUCUCAAGAAAAGACAACUUACGAGAGCACCUAAGGGCACAUAUGGGUGAAGCAAAGCCAAAAAAGCAACACAAAUGCGAGUACUGCAACAGGAUAUUCUUUGGCACGACUGUCUACAAUGUACAUGUCCGGACACACACUGGUGAGCGUCCAUUCCCUUGCACAGUUGAAGAUUGUGAUAAAGAGUUCUCCUCGUCGAAUGCUUUGAAGAAACACAUGAGGACACACACAGGAGAGCGCCCUUACGAAUGUGAAAUGUGUCACAAUCGGUUUGGGGCUAAAGAGACUCUCAACAGGCAUUUAAAAACACAUACUAUGGAUAAGCCUUUCAAGUGUGACUAUUGUGGAAAGACAUUUAUUCAAUCGACUCAAUUAAGGGCUCAUCUUUUCCAUCAUACAGGCGAACACGGGUAUGUUUGCCAGGUCUGUGGGAAAGCGUUUAAUAGAAAGAGCAGGCUUCGUCUUCAUGAAAGGUUUAUCCAUGAAGGUGAAAAGCCUUUGGAGUGCGAUGAGUGUGAUAAGACCUUCAUGAGGAAAGAGGAUUUAGCUAAGCAUAAAAUUGUGCACACUGGCAUUAAAGAUUUCGAAUGUGAAAUCUGCCACAAAAGAUUUGCAACGAAAGCAUCAUUAUCAAUGCACUUGAGAAUCCACGUUAAGGAAGAGCCCAGAUCAUGUCAUACUUGUGGAAGAGCAUUUAUAAGACGAGACUGUUUAUACCGCCACAUGAGGUCUAAACACAGGGACCAGCUUGAAGAAAUCAUAUCGAAGGCUGAAAAGAAAAAGUUGAAACUGGUUUUGCUGAAAAGUAUGCAGGAAGAAGAAGUGGCUGUUGCCAAUGAAGUCAAGGAAGAUAUUAAUGAUGAGGAGUUUGUUGAUAAUCCUGAUCAGGCUGAAAUACCUGUAGAAAUUAAAUGUGGUUUUCUAACGGAGGAGGCUUUGUGUAAAAAUAUUAGGCUGUUAUUAAAUCUGCUUAUCGAUGAAGAGACUUUAACAGAAUUCGGGUGGCCUGAUGCUGAUGUGGCAAAUAUUCUUGAAAGUGUAAUUGCCCGAUGCGGCCACGAACCAGCCCGAGUCGAAGACUACCCAGAGCUGGUGCAGAGAAUACGAGAAAACGCCAAACUAUUAUUCACAUCUGUCAUCGAUGACGCAACCAUAACCACACUGUUGAACAAUCGUACAGUUGACGAAGUCAUUCUGCACGUUCUUAAAUUAUCCAACAUUCCACAUGAUGGCUUUGAGAACGACGUACAAGAAUACCAGGAACAACCAGCAGAAGAGGAACCAGAAGAGACACUGGAAGAUAUUCCACCAGAACCGCAGCCUCAGCCUAAGAGAGUUAGAAAGGUGCUUAAGGUUAAGAGAACUAGGUGUUCCCCAAGGCGGUAUUCGAAGCGCUUUAAAAUUAAUGCUGAGGCUGAGGAGGAUGAAGUUCAAGAUGAAGAGGCUGAAGAAAUAGAUGAUGUUGUGGUUGAAGAAAUUGAAGCUGAAGAAAUAGAUGAUGUUGUGGUUGAAGAAAUUGAAGAAGCCGAGGCUGAAGAAAUGGAUGAUGCUGAGGUUGUAAACCUUGUAGAGGAUGUUAAGGAUGAAGUUGAGGAUGGGGAGCAACUAGAUUUUGAGGAAUGUAUUGAGGAUAUACAGAGGCAUGUUGAUGCAGGUAUUAUAACAUAAUGUUAUGUAUUAAAAUGCAAGAAAUUUUAAUACAUAAUGCUUAUGUAAUUUUUAUGUAUAUAUACAUAUAUAAUGUAUGUAUG